AUGGCUCCCCCAGUGAAUGCAAUUGCAUCAGCGCCGUUGGGGACUGCCCCGAUGGGUCUGAUACACGUUUCUGGGCAACCACGCUCUCCCGUUUCGAAUGAGGUCCCUGCAGACUUUGACUCUCAGGUCCUUCUCUCGCUUUUGGACCUUCACCGGGCUCUAUUAGCUGCCGGUGGCUCCAUCGUGGGUAUCGCCCGCCUGACCCUUUACAUUGUCAACUAUAAUCGCCGAGAGCUCCAACACACCCGCCACCUCCACCGUUUCCUGCGCGGGCAUAAUCCCAUUAUCAACCUUGUCCCGGUGACUCAAUUGGCGGAGCCCGGAUGGCAAUUCCUCCUCGACGCUGAAGUUGCCAUCUCCCAUUCCAUCCCGCAGCCACUGCCCACUGUCGACCAGAAGGCGUGGGAUGUCAUCGUCCUCGGCGCUGGUCUGUCCGGUCUCACGGCAGCCGAUCAACUCAUUCAAGCCGGACUCUCAUGCCUUGUCCUUGAGGCCCGUGACCGCGUCGGAGGCCGCACGUGGAGCGCCUCUUUGUCCCACGGGAAAGGCAUUGUCGAUAUCGGAGCCUCCUGGCUAAACAACACCAACCAGAGCAAAGUCUCCAAGCUGGCCAGGCGUUUUGAAGUCGAGUUCAUCACGCAGAACACUAGUGGCAACUGCCUCGCGCAGGAUAAGGCCGGCAGCAGCCACGUCUUUGCGUACGGCGGGCUUCCCGUAAGCUAUCGGUCUUCUGCCUUCCUGUCAUCCGAUCCUCUUGAACUAACCACCGCCCAGUUUGACACCGAAACACAAAAGCACCUCGGCGAAAUUCGGGAUCUUGUCGAAGCAGACUGUCAGCAGCUCGACUCUGCUAAUCCUCAAAACCCUAUCCACGAUGCUAUGACCUUCCUCGCCUACCUCUGCAGCCGCAAUGCAAGCGAAACCGCCAUUGCGUCUGCGUCAAUCUGGUCCCGUGCCAUGCUGGGCCAAGAGCCCCAGGACAUAUCAGCCCUCUACUUCCUCCACCACUGCAAAGCCGGCGGCGGACUCCUCCAGAUGCGCUCCGACCGCGUUGGCGGGGGCCAGUAUCUGCGCAUUCGCCAGGGAACCCAGUCCAUCUGCAAAGGCCUAGCUGCGUCUCUCCCCUCAAAAAACAUCCUUCUUUCCUCCCCUGUGACAGCAGUGAACCAAUCAUACCCAAACCGUGUGUACGUCCAAACCGGUAAUCGAAUCUUCCAAGCGUCCAAGGUCAUUUCCACGGUUCCCAGUCCCGUUCUUCGCGGCAUUCAGUUCACCCCUACGCUUCCAGCACGCAAGCAGUUGCUAGUCGACUCGUACACCUAUGGAUACUUCACGAAAGCCAUGCUUGUUUUCAAAAAUCCCUUUUGGGCAGAGAAGGGCUUCUGCGGACUUGCUCAAUCUUUCACAGGUCCUGCCUCUAUCAUUAGGGACUGCAGCUCCCCGGAAGACGAUGCCUGGAUUCUGACCUGCUUCCUGUGCGGUGAUACGGGUCGAACGUGGUCUCAGCAGGACGAUAAAAUUAGAACGGAUUCACUGCUCGAGCAGAUCGGGCUGAUGUACAGCGACAAGACCCGCGUUCUCAGCGAGUACCUGACCACAGUCUGGCACGACUGGACCGCAGAGCAGUACUCUGGCUUUGGCUGCCCCUGCCCCUCUCUACCUCCGGGAGUUCUGUCUGCAGCGGGGGAUGCACUCCGCGAGCCCUUCUGGAACGUUCACUUCUCCGGCACAGAGACUUCUGUCGAGUGGAAAGGUUUCAUGGAGGGCGCGGUGCGCAGCGGCGAGCGGUCUGCGACGGAAGUAUCGAAGCAGUUGGUCGGAAGUCGCGUAUAG